AUGUCGCUGUUCCCAGCGGCAAUGAAGACCUUGCACGCCAGGGUAGCCCAUACCAACACUGACACAUCCGAGGCAGAAGGCCAAGACACCGACUCGCUGGGGCUUCAUACGCUCUACGACCCCACGCCCAAUAGCACUAUAGCCGACAUCAUAUUCAUACACGGCCUCGGAGGGCAUAGCAGGAAGACAUGGUCUAGCUCGAGCACUCCAAGGUCGUUUUGGCCGCAGGAUUGGCUGCCGAAUGAGCCUGGAUUUGAGAAUGUGCGCAUUCAUUCUUUUGGCUAUAAAGCCGAUUGGGGAAAGAAGUGGCAGCAGCAAAGCAUCCUGAGCAUUCACGAUUUUGCUGAGUCACUGAUUGGCGGGCUGAGAAAUCACCCAAGCAUACGCCGCGAUGACACGCGCAUCAUUCUCGUUGGCCAUAGCAUGGGCGGGUGUGUUGCCAAAGAAGCCUUUAUCAUUGCACGACAACAUCCAUCAUAUAAAGACUUGGCUGGGCGGAUAUAUGGGAUAUUCUUCCUUGGAACUCCCCACCACGGGUCGGACAUGGCAGGCAUUCUGGAGAACAUGCUGAUAGCUGUCUGGGGUAAAAAGCCUUUCGUGACAGACUUAAAGGCUGGCUCUUCAGCACUUGCUAUGAUCAGAGAUCGGUUCCGACAUGUUGCAACAGACUUGGCUCUAUGGACUUUUUACGAGACACUGCCUACAGCUCUGGGGCCUAUGAACAGAAUCGUGGUGGAGAAGGGUUCGGCAAUAUUAGGAUUCGAUAACGAACGAAUUGAGGCGCUGAAUGCCGACCAUCGCCAUGUCUGCAAGUUUACCAGCCGCGAGGAUUCUAAUUAUAGGAUACUGCGAAACGCUCUCCAUACUGCCAUCGAUGAGAUCCAAGAGAAGGCUCUGGACACGGCUUUCCUCCACCUGGAUACAACUGAUAGAGAUGUUGAAGCUGAUGCGCGACUGGAGUCUUUUUUCAAGUUACGAGAUAUAUUGGAAGAAGAUCUUACGCUGCAAUCAGAGCUCAAAAUGCCCGAAUCAUGCGAAUGGCUCAUCAAUAAACCGCAGUUUCUAUCGUGGAAAGCGGGCGAUUCUGCUGGCAUUUUCUGGCUAACUGGUAGACCGGCGACUGGAAAAUCCAUUCUCUCUAGUCAUGUCAUCAACCAUUUGAACAACAUGCCCGUCUCUUGCAGCUAUUUUUUCUUCAAGCACUCGACUGCCAACAAGUCCACGCUAGGCGACUGUUUCAGGUCUCUUGCUUUCCAAAUGGCUAUUCAGGAUAGCCUAGUGAAAGAAAAAUUGAUAGAGCUUGAGCACGAGGGGCUAGCCUGGGAUAAGGCUGAUGACACCACGAUUUGGACAAAGCUUUUUGUUGACAGGAUCUUCAAGCUAUCAUUCACAAAGCAACAUUUCUGGGUGAUCGACGGUCUUGAUGAAUGCGCCAACUUCAACUCACUCUUCACAAAGAGACUCUUAGCCAAGCUACCCCCAAAAAGCAAGCUUCGGAUAUUCAUAACAAGUCGCAAUUUAGACGCCAUUGAGCGCGGCCUAGCAUCUCUCGGACCUCAAGUGAGCACCUAUGCUUUGUCAGAUUCCGAUACACUAAGCGAUAUUCGGCUUUUCUUGACCGCGAAGCUCGAAGAACUCGGCCGCUUCGAAACUGAAGAUGAAGUGGAGACUAUGUGUAAUAAAAUGCUUAAAAAAUCAUCAGGUUCCUUCCUUUGGGCUCGUCUCGUUCUACAAGAACUCGAAGGCGCUUGGACGGAAGAGGCUAUGGAGGAAAUACUGAACGAAGUUCCCGGAGAGCUAUACGAACUGUAUAGUAAGAUGGUUCAGUCAAUCGAGAUGGAUAAGGGCAAAACAGUUCUUGCCAAGAAGAUAUUGACAUGGGUCGUUUUGGCUCGCCGCCCUUUGUCAUUAGAAGAACUGCGCUGCGCAGUAAAGCUGGAUCUUAAUCAGACGAUCCAGAACAUGAGGAGGGCAAUCCCAGAUAUAUGCGGGCAGCUCGUCUACGUUGACGCAGCAGACAAGGCGCAUAUAAUUCAUGCAACAGCUCGCGAAUUUCUUCUUGAUCAAGAUGUAUGCUCUGAACUGACAGUAUAUAAAGAGCUUGGUCAUACCCGCAUCGCGUCUAUCCUCACUCGAUUUCUCUCCGGUGACUGCCUCAAAACACAACAGAUGAAAUCUCAACGUCCUGUGAAGUUAAGAAGCUCGAAUAAAAUUGGAACCCUGGCAUCUCUUGACACGUCUCUGCUUGACUACGCAUCUAUGUUCUUCGCAGAGCAUAUAUAUCGUUGCUCAUCCGAAGACGAUGAUCUGAUGGACAAUUUGUCUACCUUUCUCAAUGGCAAUAUUCUCUCAUGGAUCGAAUUCAUUGCAAAACGCGGCGAUCUAAGCACCAUCACGCGGGCUGCGAUGAACGUACGAGAGUAUUUAGCUCGUCGAGCCAAGUAUGUCCCGCCUACAGAUUUAUCAAUUAGCAUUGUUGGAGGAUGGGUAACCGACCUUAUCCGUGUAGCUGCCAAGUUCCACGCUCAACUUCUCACAUAUCCGCACGCUAUCCACCGACUUAUACCUCCUCUGUGUCCUUCCGAGUCCAUGAUAUCCAGAAGUGUUUUGAAAGAUUUACGGACCGCUAAUAUGACUGUAAAAGGACUUCCGGCAGGAACUUGGGAUGAUUGCCUGAGCCGUAUUGACUUCCAAAGAGGUCAAACAACGGCUGUCAGCCACAGUUACACUUCCUUCGCCGUUGGGUUGUCUACGGGAAAGAUUCUUCUUUAUAAUGCUGGAUCUGUUCAGCUACAGUUGACCAUGACUCACCCGGAGAGAGUCAAAAUACUUCAAUUCAGCGAAGACGAUAAUCUCCUUGCCUCUUGCGGCGCAAAACAUAUGGUUCUAUGGAAGCCAAAAUCUGGCUCACAAAUAUAUGCAUUUCCUCUAGCGUCGCCUCCUCUUAGCUUGGCAUUCUUGGGCGUUGAUGAAAUUCUCUGCGCAUUCCAGUCUGGGACUUUGACAAGAUGGAGUUUAGAUACACAGCAGGAUGACUCGAAUUCUGACCAAAUAAACGAUAUCUAUGCAAAUACGCAGUCUAUUACCACACAACAGGCGGCUACAUGUGCGGCUUUCCUAACAACUACUGACACUACCUUGAUUGCAGUCGGUUAUCGCAAACAUCCGGUGUUUAUAUGGAAUGUGCUCGAGCAGCAAGGGUUAGGUCAUUGUGUUGUUGAUGCCAAUAAUGGCAUUGACUGCAUGGUGUUCAACCCAAAUCCAGACAUCGUUGCGCUGAUUGUAUCAUUGAAUGACGGCAGACUAUGCGUUUUUAACUACUUUACCAUGAAGCAAAUGUUCACGAUACACAAAACAUAUGCACAAAGUGUUGCUUGUUCACCUGAUGGGCAUAGCUUGGUGACCGGCGGUAGCCAUGGCACGAUAGAAGUUUUUGACUUCGAUCACGACUAUGACGGUAAUAUCAUCUUGGUGCCUAUUUAUCGCAUAGAUGGAUUGUAUGAUCCAAUUCGAAGCGUUGCAUUCAGUUUUGAUGGACUGCGCUUCCUAGAUGUCCAUCGUCAGCAGUGCCGCGUGUGGGAACCAGCGGCCCUUGUCAGGACAAACAACGAGCUGGAAAGCACCAGCGACGCCGCGACUCUCCCAGUAACAGCCGUUGGAGCGAUAAAUGGCUCUGAAGAUCCUGAGAUUACUAGUCUUCUGGAGAUAACAUCGGAUGGCCGAUACGCUAUUGGGGGAAACCAGCGGGGAGAAGUGUCGCUCUUCUCUGUUGCUGACGGAACCGAAAUUGGCACGCUAUACCAUCACGCAAGAGGCGUGUCGGUCACCAAGGUUGCUCUCGGCGAAAGUCGAAACCUGAUUGUUUCCGCGGAUGAAUCCGGCAGGGUGUUAAUCAGCGAGCCGCCCAUAUUGCUGCGAGAAGCUACAACGCUCGUUCCAGGCCAAAAGAUGCCAACUACUCGUAUCAUCCUUGACCGUCGUUUUGGCGGUGCGGUUGUACGAUUACUAUUGAAUGGUGCAGCCGACCGUCUUCUCGUCACGGGCCACAAUGUUAGCCAGCUCUGGGCAUUGCCAUCAGGUGAAAUACUUGCUGGAAAACAAGAAGCACAUUUGAAUGGCAAUAUGAUGGAUUCAAACUGUUCAGACGACGUCAGACUACCUACUGCUUCUGCUUGCGCCGUCUUUCAACAUCCCAUCAAUGAAGCCUGGUUUGUUACUAUGAGUGGCAAUACUGCGCGUGUCUACAGUUGGGCUGAUUAUGAAGAACUAACUUCGAAAGACGGCAUUCUUCUUCAACGACCCACAUCGUCCGGGAAGCCUACAUCGCCCAGAGAACUCAAAUUUUCUCCAAAGUCUGAGCGCUUUCCGCCGCAGUUGCUGAAGGUUGAUUGUGUCUUUGCUGCAGCAUCGUAUCAUGUCGGCUGCGGUUUAUAUGUGGCCGGCGGCUGCAUUUGA